AUGCGUUUCUCUACCGCAAUCGCUACCUUGCUCACCGUCGGCCUCGCGGCUGCCCACUCUCGUCGCGCUUCCUGCGCUGCUCAGAACAUCCUCGACGCCUGUCUGGCCACAGAACGAGCCCAACUCACACUGUGUGAAGCAAGCGACUGGGACUGCCUCUGUGAGCAAAGCAGAUCUGUCCUAACCUGCUACAACAACUGUCCCGGCGACAGCGGCCAUUUCGGCGCCCAACAAACCAUGGUAUCCUACUGCAACGCCGCAAGCGCAUAUGGCACCAGCACUUCUACCACUGCCAGCAGCCAUACGGCCACCUCUGCCGCCUCGUCUGCUUCUGAAUCUGCUUCUGAGUCUGCUUCUUCUACUGCUUCCGAGUCAACUGCUACCGAAACUGGUACUGCAACCUCCGGCCGGACAUCAUCGACCUCUACUGCGUCCGGACGCUUGGCGACUUCUUCGAGUUCUGCUGCCGCUCCUGUUACCGGAACACUUGCUCACGGUGGAUUCGUUGCCGCAUUGGCUCUCGGAUUGGGAUUGGUUUUGUAA